AUGAUAAAAGACCCUCUUGUAUGGAUUGAUUGUGAGAUGACAGGCCUCGAUAUUAAGAAAGAUCAUUUGAUUGAAAUCGCGGUAUUGAUCACUGAUGGAGACCUUAAUGUUGUAGCCAAAGGACCUGAGUUGAUCAUUCACCAACCAAAGCAAGUAAUGGAUAAUAUGAACGAAUGGUGUAUCCAGCAUCAUGGAGAUUCUGGCUUAACUCAGCAAGUGCUCGAAUCUAAAACCACAGUGCAAGAAGCAGAAAAGCAAGUGUAUGAAUUUUUGAAACAACACAUCCCUGCAGGAGUUGCACCCUUAGCUGGAAAUACAGUGCAUGAAGAUAAGAAAUUUCUUUGCAAGGAAAUGCCCAGUAUUGUUGACCAUUUGCAUUAUCGUAUCGUUGAUGUAAGCACAAUUAAGGAACUAUCCAAGAGGUGGUACCCCGAGAUUGCAUCAGGUGUUGUUAAGAAGGCUACACAUAGAGCGCUGGAUGAUAUCAUUGAAAGCAUCGAAGAGCUAAAAUACUACAGACAACAUGUAUUUAUCAGCAAACCAUAA